AUGAGCUCCACCAAAGUCACUGAAACUCAAACCACCCUUCCCGUCCACGGCGACAGCAGUGCUCCAACUUCCGAAGAACGCUUCCACAUGCCCCAACUUGGUCGCUUCAAGGUCUGCAGUAUCCUGCUUGGCUUCUUGGUUGGUGUCUUUAUCUAUCUCUCUACACUCGGUGCCGAAUUCAUUGCUGUGAUGCUCUGGGGAAAGGAGAUCCUUGCCAAGACCAACUCCGAAUUGGUCUUCUUCUCCUUGUCCUGGAACUUGGCCACCACCAUCAUCGCCCUUGUCAUCUUGUCCACGCUACGACGCCUUGUCGCAUCGGUUUUCUUGUCUGUUGUGGGACGCUCGCGGACAUCUGAGAAUGCUGAAGAUGUCCUGGCAGAACUUCUUUCUUACUUGGAAGGUCGUUUCGCAGUGGGUGCUUUGGUCGGAAUUUGCAUUUCUUGGAAUAUUACCAACAUUGUCCUUGGUAUGCGGCCUCAGCUCAUGCAGUCCUGCAUCAUCAUGGCGGUUGCCUGCUUGUGGUGCCGAGUUACCUUGACGCUCUUGGGUCAAACUGAUCAUGCUCUGAUUUAUGACCGCAGCGAGGAAGAAGAAGACGAAGAGCAACAAAAAGAGAUUGUUUUCGAAGACGACAAGACUGAACCCCUUCUCUGGCUGCGUACUGUCUAA